GAAACUUCCAGCAUGCGACGGUCAAGGGUCGCAGUUCUGAACUUUAUUAUGUCCAUGGUUCUGAAGGAAGACGAAUUUGGUUUUGACUGGUCUACUGCAAACUGAUUAUCAUGUCACGCCAAAUGCAUGCGCGCAGAUUGGAUGGCAUCGACAAGAAUAUAUGGGUUGAGUUCACGCAGUUAGCGGCUGACUACCAGGCCGUUAACCUGGGACAGGGCUUCCCUGACUUUGCCCCUCCCAAGUUCCUCCAAGAGGCUUUCUGUAAAGCAGUGAGUGGGGGCGGCUUGAUGCACCAGUACACCCGUGCCUUUGGCCACCCCUCUCUUGUCACAAUCCUGGCUCAAUUAUUCGGGCGCCUGGUGGGACAUGAGAUCCAGCCCCUGGAAGACGUGCUGGUCACGAUCGGGGCGUACCAGGCCCUGUUCUGCACAUUUCAAGCUCUGGUGGACGAAGGAGACGAGGUUAUAAUUAUUGAGCCAUUUUUUGAUUGCUACAAACCAAUGGUAAAGAUGGCGGGAGGGAAGCAGGUCUAUGUGCCUCUGAGGCCAAGGGGCGGGAGCAGCCUGUCGAGUGGGGAUUGGGUGCUUUGCGCUGAGGAGCUGGCCAGUAAAUUCACAGCAAAAACAAAAGCCAUUGUUAUUAACACCCCGAACAACCCAACCGGCAAGGUGUACAAGACAGAGGAGCUGCAGGUGAUCGCGGACCUGUGCAUCAAGCACGACGUGGUGUGCAUCAGCGACGAGGUGUACGAGUGGCUCACCUAUGAUGGAGCCAAGCACGUGAAAAUAGCCAGCCUUGCUGGUAUGUGGGAACGCACAGUUACGAUCGGCAGCGCGGGGAAGACAUUCAGUGCUACUGGGUUGAAGGUUGGCUGGGCUAUAGGUCCCAGUCACCUCAUUAAACAUUUGAAAACAGUCCAUCAGAACUCUAUUUACCACUGUCCCACUGCAGCCCAGGUGGCGGUGGCGGAGGGCUUACAGACCGAGUACGACCGCCUGGGCCAUCCAGAGAGCUACUUCCAGCAGCUGCCCACGCUGUUCACCCACAAGCGGAACAAGCUGGCGGCCUGCCUGGAGAGCGCGGGCUUGCGGCCCACACUCCCAGAGGGGGGCUACUUCAUGAUCGCCGACAUCUCCUCUGUCUCGUUUGACUCAGAUGAUUCAAUCUCCCAGGAUGAGCCCCUCGACUACAGAUUUGUUAAGUGGCUGAUCAAGAAAAAGGGUCUGGCCGCCAUCCCUGUAUCUGCUUUCUACAGCCCUGAGCAUGGCAAGGAGGUUCAGAACUACGUACGAUUCUGCUUCACUAAGGAGGACUCAACGUUGAAUGCUGCCGAAGACAUCUUGAAAAAGUGGGCUAGUGAAAAGUGAACUGUCAACAUGUGAGGCAUCCCCGAGCGCUGUGUUUUAUUGACGUUGUUGAGCAACAUGGUGUCUGAUUCACUACAGCCUUCAGGAGUCUGUCCUUUAUCUUUUAGAUCCGUAGUUAUCAUUGUGCGGCUUGCCAAACUGGGCAGGUUUAUUAUAAGGUUUAUUUUCUUGGUUUAUCUUGGACAUUAUCUUUGUCUCUCUUUAGCUUAUCAAUAUUUUUUAUCUGAGCAAAAUUAGAGCGACAGUUUCUGAUGUAUAAAAUAAAUGGUAUUGAAGAUCUUAAAUGUUGAAUCGUUUUGUCAGAAAAUCGUGAUUUGUUUCUUUAGGUGGAUAAAUGAUAAGUAAUUUCUGUCUGUAUGUUUCACAUUCUGGUGGCUAUGUAACCUCGAUGCCUCAGCCUUUCCAGUGGAUCUGUCCAACUGAUCUCAUCUUAGAAUCUGGAAUAACCCCUUGAGAUAUAACUGUAGCCACUCAUGGCCAAAGACGAACUGGAUACUGGAAUAUUUCAGUGUAUGACUUCUCAAGAAUAAAUGGUGCAAUAUUGGGUCUUGGCUCACUCCCAUAGAAUGUUUAUUUUGUGUUGCAAGCACUUUGUUUUUAACUGCUGCACUGAUUUAUGGGUAGGAAGGAUCACAAAAUCAAAGUGUUGAUGGUCAAUGUUGAAUUCCUGGUAACAAAGAUGUUAUUGAUCUGAGCCAUGCAAAAACUGCAUACAUAAUUAAUUAAGUUGUGAAUUGUUUCUGUCUGAGUUUCGAAAUAUUAAACCCAAGCCCAACCUAUUAAAAAGGUCUU